AUGGACGGACAAGGUGCAGUUACUGUCGAGCAACUCCCUGUUCCGCUCCCUCUCGACAGCGAUCCCCGUCCUUCAGACCCGGUCACCAUCAACACAAUAGUUCAAGAGUUAUCUCCACUCCCUACAGAUCCCCUCAUUCUCGAAUCACCGCCGCCGACGGAGCCAGAGCCUCAGCCUACACCUGAAGCCGAAGGUCCCCAAGAGGGUGAGGCUCAAGAACCGUCAGCCGAAUCCGAUUCGUCUGUUCCGACACAAGAAGAGGAGCAUGCCUAUUGGGCAGAAGAAGAGGAGGAUACCUCAGCUCCUGAUGAUGCUGAACUAGCAGAGAUUGAGACACAGGAGAACUACAAUUCUCAAGAUCACCAGUAUUGGGAGAAGAAUUUCCACCCCGCUCUCGACGACCCGGAAUACCGUCCCGCAGAGAAGGCUCGCCUCACAUGGAAGAUUAAGGGUGUUCGGGGCACCAAGGAGAACCCUAACCGGGUCAAAAUCAUGCGUUCCCCUCCGGCAUACAUCGGGGGAUACUGGUGGACGAUCAAGUUCUUUCCUCGCGGCAACAACGUUAGCUCGUUGAGCGUCUACAUUGAAUGCUCAUCCACCAUGCCGAAGCCGGAUGAUACUUUUCCUGAGACGGAGUACAAGGUUCUCCGUGGCCCUGCAGACGUUGAGCUAGACGCCAGGAACACCGACCUAGACAUCAAGUUCGAUAAGACCCAGGACCCAGAAGCUUGGGCCGAGAUGUUCAAGGGUAAAUAUCCAGCGGCGGCUGACCAAGCUGAGCCAGCAAAAGAGACUUGGAGAGUAUCCGCACAGAUUGGAGUCAUUGUAUACAAUCCAGAUGAGCCGCGCACCGCAUGGAUGCAGUCUUCCUGCCACCAAUUCAACCCUCACAACCUGGAUUGGGGGUGGACCAAUUUCCACGGUCCAUGGGACCAGAUUCAUCGGCGUCAGCGCCUCCAGCAUCAGGCAUUGCUUCGCAAUGACACCUUAGCAUUCGAUGCGUACAUUCGGAUUUUUGAGGACCCCACUCGUUCACUUUGGUGGCACCCUAGUGACUCUGAGCCCACUUGGGACAGCCUUGGCUUGACCGGCUACCGGUCACUUGGUGAUUCCGUCAUCAACCAUAGCGCAGAUGUUGCUGGGCUAGCUACUUGGCUGCACAUCGCUCCAUUCUCCAGAAUCAUUGAGAGUGUGAAUGUCCUGGAACACCUCACGAACUGUGAUGUGAAGCCCAAGCCAUUGUGCGACGCGCUGCAAAGGUUCCUCUGGCAGUUGCGUCGACGAGACCAGUCACUUCAGUACGUCGACACAGACACGAUUACCACUACCUUGAGCAACCUGCAUGAGAAGUCCAGUGACGUUUGCGAGUUCUGGGAACGCUUGCGCCGGUCUUUGGAGUUGGAGCUCGCAGGUACCCCGGCGGCAGAGCAGCUUGCACGGUUGUUCGACAGCCCUUCGCUGGCCUCCUUAUCUCCGGAUGUUUCAGAGACUCCUGUGCACACGAUUCCGAAAGACUUCAAUUCCCGUAUUUGUGUGCCCGCGAACAAAGCUAAGACCACGAGCGAGGCCUUCAGUUUGUAUCUCAGUGCUAAGCCAGGAAAAUGGGUCCUACCACCGGUUCUGCACCUCGAGUUGGGUCGCCAGACACUGGAUAAGGGUGCUCGUCAAUGGCGUCUACUCUACAACCGAGUAGAACCGGAUGAAGAAGUGGAUUUGUCGCCAUGGCUUCUGGACGGCCAGUGCGGAAACUAUGUCCUUUACGGGUACAUUGUCCACCGUGGCCGGCGCACUUCUGGCAAGUUCUUCAGUAUCCUGCGUCCAGGCGGCCCUGGUACCAAAUGGCUGGCGUUCGACGAUGGUAGUGACAACCGAGUGGAAUGCUUGACUCGGAAGACGGCUCUAGGGCCGCACCUUGGCUUGGAACCGGGCCAAACACCUGAUCACAAGACGGGCCAUGACAUCGCGAUCGCGGUCAUGUAUAUCCGCAGUGAUGUCGUCAAAGACUUCCUACCCGGUCCUCAAGGCCCAUGGGAAGUUUCGGAAGACCUAAAGCAAUAUUACGAGACUGGUGAUGUCGCCUCUUCCAAGAAGACUGAUGGUGGAGCCGAGGCUAAGGAUAUCCAAGUUGAAGUCUAUUCCCUGGAAAAGUAUGAUCAGCUUGACAGUCUUUUUGAUUCAUACGAUCUCAUGUCUCAAGCCAAGGCCGCAAACAAUGUCAUGUACAUGACUGUGCCCCGCUCUACAAACCUCAUCGAUGUUCGCAAGAAGAUUGGGCUUUGGGCUUCCACACGUGCAGGUGCCGAGAUCAACCCGGAAAAUGUUCGCCUCUGGCAGAUUGGCCAUGGGCGUGACAGUUCUGGGUCAACUGUAUCCCUCAAACGUGUCUCUGAUCUCACAGCUACCGUCGACCUGCCAUUGAAUCCCGUCCGUUAUUGGAUGCAAGUUGUGUCAGAUGGAGACGCCAAAUACUUUGCGAUGAAAGAUCCUGAGGCGCCAGUUGCGGUCAAUUCCAAACCCGAAGAAGCUGUUGUUGAGCGUCCCGGUUCCGAGACCUCGGACGACGUGUCAAUCGCUCCAGCUACUGAAGGUGCCGAGCCAAGCUCCUCCAGCAAUGCAAGCCAGAACACUGUGGACGUAAGCUCAAAUGAGACGGUCGCGGUUGCUGCGGAGCAGCCCGCAAUCAUUGAAACCACCGGCGAUACGACAACGGUUGCGGUUGAAUUGUCAGAGAGCGAGGCGUCAACCAACGCAGUUUCAGCAGAUGUGGUUGCUGCGACGAACGAAGCAGCACCGUCGACUCUUGAGUCCAAUCACGAGAACGUGGAGAACUCAAACUCAACGACCCAAGUUGCAGAGACUUCCCAGGUUAAUACUGAAACAGUCGGAACGGCAACUAACGAGGUUACUUCUUCUGAGAAUGAUGCCGUGAUCGCGGCUAUUAUCGCGGGUGACCUUGAACAGAUGGAUGAAGAAGCACAGCAAACCCAUUCUGCUUCCGCCAGUCAAGAACAGGAGCCUGCUCAGUCAUCUCCGCCUGAGGAGCAGACGACAGCGCCCGUGGAAGAACCUACGGAGGCUACAGUCAAUACAGAAGAUGCCACGCCUGCAGAGCGGGAGGCUGUCCUGCCAGUGGAGCACGUCUAUUACUACAUAAAGCUCUUCGACAUUGAGUCGCAGUCGCUCCGCACCGUGGGAUCGUUCUUCUCCCAGAAGGAGGAAACAAUCAAGCCGGCUAUCCGCAAGCAUCUCGGUUGGCCAACGACCAAAGACUUCCAGGUCUGGCACCAGGUUGACGGCACUGUGGUUGACACCCUCGCCUCAGCGGAGACAUUCGAAAUCAAUCCCGCUGACGGUGCCUGCUUCAUCGUUGGUGACAAGCUUAAUAAGGCAAAGCGCGCCGAAUACAACGAGAAGGGCCUUUUCGCCAACCCCCAGCACCUAGUCAGCUACCUCUGGGCAGCAUCCCGCAACCACCCCACGAAGGCCUUUACCGGCACAAAGACUGUCGACGCCACUUUCACAUCUGAAUUCUACAGCGGUGACUUUGUCAAGGGCUACUACCACGGCAAGGGCAAGCACAUUUCGGAUUCGGCUGCUUCCUACACGGGCGACUACAUUCUUGGCAAACGCCACGGCCAGGGUCUUAUGGAGUAUCCAACCGGCGAUACUUACGAAGGAGACUGGUUCGAGGACCAGUGCCACGGUCAGGGAACCUUCGUCGAGCGUAAGACCGGCAACAAGUACGUUGGCGGGUACAAGGAUGGCAAGCGUCACGGCAAGGGCAUCAGUUACUGGGAGGUUGCGGACGAGGAGAAGGACCUCUGCCAAAUCUGCUUCGGCGAGGAGCAGGAUGCUCUCUUUUACGACUGCGGUCAUGUCUGUGCAUGCGUUACGUGCGCGCGCCAGGUCGAAAUCUGCCCCAUCUGCCGGAAGAAUAUCCUUAACGUUGUCAAGAUCUACCGCACAUAA